CGCUCUUAUAUAGACACAAACAGAUAGUUGCAUCGUUUCACUUUUUAAGAUAUUAACGUUAUAAGUUGUCUACGACUUAGCGCGGACAAUAAGCGGGUAAAGGAACUACUAUCACGUGUCCUGCAUACUCGGAGAUUUGAUAACAUGAUGAUACAUCGCAGAUUCUGUUCGCUAUUAGCGGUAGUUUCAAAUUUAGUCAUAUAUGCUGAGGCGGAACUUGGGCUAACCCUUAUAGACUCGUUGACUGCUGACCAUAACCUGGGUGUGGUUAUUAGAUUGGAUAAGGGUAAGUCUGGCGAUUCCUUCAAGGAGCGAAUGAAAAAUAAAUUCGGCGACAAAUAUGAUAUGCAAGUGCGCGGAGUAAUGUCGACCGGAUCACAAGAGUUAAUUGCUUUGGAGAGUCCCGAUACAGACGUACUACAGAGUGUAUUAGAAGAUAUCGAUGUAGCUGCUGCCGAGUAUAUAUCGCCGUACGCGUCAAAAUUUGAACCAGGGGGUGCACAACCCAUAUGGCACCUGGACAGAAUAAAUCAAAGAGAUCAGAGCUUGGAUGGCAACACCGACCAACAUGUGACUGGCAAAGCAGAUGGGAAAGGUGUGGAUAUCUACGUAGUGGAUUCAGGUGUCAAUGUGAAGCACUCAAGCCUCUGGAAAGCGUUCAAUUUUUACAAUGUGUUCACGGACGAAGGUGCUGAGGAUUACUAUGGACACGGGACGCACGUUGCAGCCUUAGUAGGCGGGACGUUUGGUCCGGCCACAGGCUCAACCAUCUAUAGUGUGAAGGUGCUUGACAAGAAUGGUUCAGGUAGCACACUUACAGUUCUUACUGGCCUGAACAGAAUAUUGGCCAAAGUAACAGAGUCAAAGAACCUGGACAAUUUGAGUAAGAAUCAGGUAAUUGUAGUGAUGUCGCUCACCGGUUCGCCAUCUCCUGCGGUUGAUGCGAUGAUCGUACAAUUGUAUCUCGCAAAUGUUUUAGUUGUGGUAGCAGCUGGCAACCAGGGUGCAAAUGCAUGUGCCUAUACUCCCGCUCGAAAUCCUGCGGCCGUAACAGUAGGUGCCUCCAAUAUCAAUGAUGAAUACGCCUCGUAUUCUAAUUUCGGAUCUUGUGUCGAUAUUAUUGCACCCGGAACGGACAUCACAUCUGCUUCAAAAGAUGGAGUAUCAGUAGUAUAUUCUGGAACGAGCAUGGCCGCACCUUUAGUUGCCGGGGUGGCCGCUAUGUUGUGGUCUCAGGAAAAAGAAUUGAGCGCACGACAAGUCCGUCGGAAUUUGUUGAUAGGCAGCACAUACAUCAACGGUUAUGACUACUUAUUGGGGUCCACAGCCCUUCAAGGCACCCCCAAUCGGUUCCUUUUCGGUCGUUUGGAGGUGAUAGAUGCGACAUUCGCAGAUUUUGAGAGUGGCGCAGUAUCCUUCGACGAUGUCGCAUUCGCUGCUGGGUUUGACACAGCCGAACCUAUGUAUCUGUGGGAGGUGUGGGCGGCUGAAAGACGAAAGCGAUAUGGAUCGCAAUCCGAACAAGCUUCUACAUUACCCACAUUUGGAUCAAAUCUGGGUACUGCUUCAGGAAAUCUUGGGACGGCUGAUAAAAAUACUUUCACAUCUUUUUAUCUUUCAGAUACAGGCGGCCUAUUGAGUUAUGCCGGAAUUGCCGCCGCGGAGGUCGAGCCCAAUGGAAACUUAAAUCUGAAUGGGGUCAACGACCAUCUGGACUUGGUUGGUGGUAGUCUAUCCAGCAUAGAAAUAACUCAAUUCUUAUACAGCAUUGGCUAUGGUGAGAUUCAAUUGACGCUCUACGAUCAAUCGAAUGACGACGGAGGUAUAUUCGGUAAAGUGAUGCUACAGAGUGACGACGACUUUGAAGCUUCUAGAAGGAGGUAUAGGGGCUAGGUAGCGGGGAACUAGAAGCACACCCGAGCGACCAAGCGACUGCGACAUACAUGAAUAUACAAAUAUACCUAAAUACAUAUCUUGUAAUAUACACAUAGUCGCGACAUGUAUAUCAAAUUUAUUUAAAGUUUUCCUCCCCGGG